AUGGCCCUAUACUCGUUAGCCUGCCAAUACGACGACCUCUUGGAAUUCUGGCCAUCGUUGUUCGACAUUUUUUUUGCUUGUUGGCCAAUCAUUCCAGAGUCCGAGGUCCUCACCACUGAGCAACAACACUCCCUUUUUCAGGCGGAAGAACAGCGCAAACUCCGCAUUAAAGCUUGGUUCGAACAAAAGAAGACCAACUCUAUGGUACCACUUACCAUAACGUCUGUGUCUGCAGAUGGCCAGAUGGUCUUGCGUUUUGAGGAGCCGUUCGAGGAAGCGUUCAAGCCAAAGUGGACCACCGAUGAACAGUACGUCUGGCUUCAAGAUCGGUUAGCGACGUAUAUGGUCCACGCGAAGGAAAAGGAUUACUCACGUUUCUGGGCUCCGUGUCGUAUAGCCUGGUUCGCGCAGUUCCCAGAACGUGCGGUGGUCUAUCCUGACAUCCCCAAGGAUGUUGAGCUUACCUGCGAGCAGCAAAAGGUCGUUGAGCUCGCAGAGGAGGCGCAUGAGGCGCAACUACACACCUGGUUUCGCUGGCGUGUCAAUAAAUCUAAGAAGAACCGCAGCCUAAAGAAGAAACUAACAGUCUUUGACGAUACUCUGCAGCCGAAGAGACGCGCGAAGUCAGAGGCUGAAAUUUAUUCAGAGUUGUAUUAUGACGAGCGUAUCAAGCCCUUGGUGAUGGCUGAGCAAGAUGCCGGAAACGUGGCAACGUCCGGCAAGCGCGUGGCCCUUGGUCGAAAAUUCUCGAAGGAGUUACUGGAAGAUGAGACUGAAGAGAUCAAGGCAGAGAUUCGUGAAAAGUAUGAGGAACAACUCACUCACAAGAAGCGCGCCAAGCGUGAGAAGAACGUUCUUGACGAUGACGCCGACAACGACGACAACGAAGAGUUAGAUGCGGAGGCAAUCAUGCAAGGUAUAGAUGACUUACCUGUCAUUUGUCGACGCUUCGCGAAGCUUGUCAAGCAGAAGACUCGCUUCAUGGUCUCGUUUAUGUUUGCUGGUCCUGAUCCUAGAAAUGACUGGGACAUGACGACAUUAUCGUGUCAUCCUUCAGAAACACCUCAAGGCGAUUCCUUUGCCGAGCUAUACCAGACGGCUGAUAGCGACUUCUUGGCAGCCUUCCAGCAGUACACAGAACAAAUAUUUCCUGGCAACAAGCGGAAGCCCGACAACAAGGCCGAAAGCAGUGAGAUUGGAGGCAUUGCUGAGGAAGAGUCUGAGGAGCGUGAAGAGGAUGGGGAGGAGUGUGAAGAGGAUGGGGACAAAGACGAGGAAGGCGAAGAAGACGAGCCCAAUGCGCAGUCUACAGACGUCGAGGAAGAAUCUCAGCUAAAUGUGGAUGAGGGCGAGGCGAAUCAGUACAUGGAGUCUGCAGUCACUCUUCCCAUCCCUGGUGCAUCCUUAGGCGAUGCAUCUGAUGCAUCAAGUCUUGGGGGAUCAUCUGUGAUGCACGCGUCGAUGGAGACGACUGCCAGUUUACCGUCCUAUGGCACGCCGUUCUAUGGCAUGUCAAUGUAUGACACGCAGCCUCAGCCCAUGUACGGCGCCCAUGCCAUGUAUGGUGGACAGGAUCAAAUGUAUGGCACGCAAGGACCAACAUAUGACGCGCAGGGCACCAGCCAUGCUUUACUCGCCGGAAACACUGGGUCUGAUGCGUCGCUUCACUCUCAAGGAACCGCAUUCCCACUACAGACGACUAACCACUUCGAUUUCGGCAUCCCUCCUUCUAAUUCGUUCAUGCCAGGCGCCGUCACCCCCGAGUUUUCGUUCGAUCAGGGAUUCCAGGCUGCAAAUUGGAACAACCAGGCCUGGAGCGUGAAUAACAACAAUCCAGGCUGGAAUUUCAGUUCUGCUGAACGAAGCAGCCUGCAGGACUCACUCGACUCACUUCCUGCUCUGCCUCCUCCUGCCAGUGAGCCCAAUGAGGACUCGCGACCUGUUCUACCUUCUCCCAACCCGAUCCUGAGUACGGACGAUACUUCUCUCCCUCCUGUUCUACCUUCUCCCAACCCGAUCCUGAGUAUGGACGAUACUUCUCUCCCUUCCAUCGGCAAGGCUCACACGACGACUGGCAGAAGGGUUGCCCAGAAGGCUACCAAAAAGGGAGACAGCCAGAAGCGUCCUAAUACUAAGUCGACCAAACCCUCAGCUGAAACAGCAACACAGCCGUCUCCCAUUGUGUGUGCCACCAAGAACAAGCAGCCGGCUAAAUCCUCUUCCAAGAAGUCGUCUGUCGCUAAGCCAUCGCCUGGUCAGGCUAUACCCUCCAUUGAAACGGUCGCUCAGCCCUCUGCCCCUUCUGCCCAGUGCACGACCAAAAAAAGGCAGCCACCUGCUGCUAAGCCGUUGGCUGAUGAGUCUGCCGCUACCACAAGGGAGCCCUCACCCGGUCCUUCACCCAACCCUAUUGUCAAUGUAACUGGUGGUGCCUCCAGCGCUUCAUCAUCAGACAGCUUGAUGAAUGUCGCUUUGGACACUGAAGUGCGCAGAAAGCGCGUGCCAAUCAAAUCUAGACGCAACGACCUUGCAGAUGCUAUUGGGACUAAUGGUGUUUCGUUCUACGCUGGGAAGGAGAAUUUAUUGGAGGCCGAAGCACCUCGCUUGUUGAAGCGGCCUGCGCAAAGUGAGGCUUCCAGUGCUCCCAAGUUCUUCAAUGAUUUUGAUACGCAUUCCCCACCUGGAUGCAACAACCGCACUACUGCAACCACGCGCCAGGCCGAAGGCUCACGAAUGAAAAAUAUGAUGAAUCGUCUCUUUUCUCGCUCCUCCGCUCCUCAGGGUGAUACUCCCCUCCCCAGCAGGAUCCCCACUGUGGAUGUCUUCGCAACUCGAGGCAAAUACCGUACUGCCAAUGCCAUCAGCGGGAAACGACAUGUGGUGCAGCGACCACGUCCCCCUCCCCAACCAGCCCACACUUCCAACACUGGUGUAGCGAAUGCUGGCGCUUCAAGCAGCAGCGCACCCCCAGUGGGCACAUCCAAUGUGACCAAUGGAACUACCUCAGCAACCUUGCAGACUGGAAGUACCAGUGCUUCUGCUGCAACCAACAGACCCCCUUCUCCGAUGGACGUUGAAUAUGUUCCAGACAUUAGCUGCUUUACACGUCUAGCAAGGUGUUUCUCGUGUCUUUCACACACUUAG